AUGGAUUCAAUCACAGAAUACGUUGAAACACAAUUCGCCGCUCUCAAGGCAAGGACCGAGGCCAAGCAAGGAGGGCACAAAGCCACUUCCGAAGAGCCUUUGAAGGCGACCAGCAAGCCUGUCGGCUCCGCCAGUGAGCGCGUCCAGAGCGUCGUCAGUGAUGCCAUCGACAAGGGCGACCUCGGCGAGCUGAUGGAUGGUGUCGCCCGCGCACUGCGAGCUCCUCCCACCGACGCUCCUGCGCCCGCAGAGCACAAAGCCGCCGGUGCGAUAGAGGUCCAGGUCGGAGGGCCCCCACCGCCUACAGGCCUGCCUAAGGACGCCGACCCCGCGUUUUGCAUUGGCCUCUUCAAGCUCAUCCUCUCUGCCAAGGGCGUCAACAAGAACAGUCUGGUCUAUAGGACCUGGCAGUCGGUCAUCAACCCCGACUCGGAUGAGGGCUGCCCGCCAACGGUCAAGAACCUCACCCAUUGGAGGCCCAAGCUCUCCGACGCCACUGCGGACGCGAAGGAGUAUGACCCGAGAAAAUACAGCUCCACCUCCUCAUUCUCUCUCGGUCUCUGCCACGCCACAUUCGGCACCUUCUACACCUGUCCCCAUGGUGCCGAGUGCCCUUGGCGUCACUCCAAGUUGACGUACCCCGAGACAGACUGGCUGAGGGACAUCGGAGCCAACGACGUGCUCGCCAAUCUCAAGUCUUGCCAGUUGAGUGGAGAAAAGAUUCCCCGUGUCGUUGAGCGUACUGCCUGGGAUGAGUGUUUGUAG